UCCUUUUAGAAAAGUUGGUCGAAUAUAAUUUCACUGCAUCUUACUGUAUGCAGUGCACUUCCAAAAGAAAGGGAAUAAAGGGACAAUAAUCUUCUGUUCAAAAAAUCUGAGUCUAAUUACGUUGUUUCUGCGGAUGGAGAAGCGUAGAACCGUGGUGGUUUCUGCUCUGCAGUUUGCUUGCACCGAUGAUGUCUCGACAAAUGUCGCCACCGCCGAGAGGCUAGUUAGAGCUGCACAUAAACAGGGUGCAAACAUCAUUCUCAUUCAGGAACUCUUUGAAGGUUAUUACUUCUGUCAGGCGCAAAGAGAGGAUUAUAUUCAAAGAGCUAAGCCACAUAAGGACCAUCCCACAAUCCUCAGGAUGCAGAAACUUGCAAAAGAGUUAGGCGUAGUUAUACCGGUUAGCUUCUUUGAGGAGGCAAAUAAUGCACACUAUAAUUCAAUAGCCAUAAUUGAUGCUGAUGGCACUGACCUUGGGAUUUAUAGAAAGUCCCAUAUUCCGGAUGGACCAGGUUACGAGGAAAAAUUCUACUUUAAUCCAGGGGAUACUGGAUUUAAGGUUUUCCAGACCAAAUUUGCAAAAAUUGGAGUUGCUAUAUGCUGGGAUCAGUGGUUUCCUGAGGCAGCCCGUGCAAUGGUGCUUCAAGGUGCUGAGAUUUUAUUUUAUCCUACUGCUAUUGGGACUGAACCACAUGAUGCAAACAUUGAUUCACGUGACCACUGGAAACGAGUAAUGCAAGGACAUGCUGGGGCCAAUUUGGUACCUCUUGUGGCUUCAAAUAGGAUUGGAAAGGAGAUAAUUGAGACUGAGCAUGGAAAAAGUGAGAUAACAUUUUAUGGAAACUCCUUCAUAGCAGGACCUACUGGAGAAAUUGUUUCAAUUGCUGACGAUAAGGAGGAAGCAGUUCUUAUUGCACAAUUUGAUUUGGACAAGAUUAAAUCCACGAGACAUAGUUGGGGGGUAUUCCGUGAUAGGCGUCCUGAUCUAUAUAAGGUGCUUUUAACAUUAGAUGGCACCAAUCCUGUUCGGUGAUAGAUAAAACAUCUUACCUUGUAACUGUUAUAGAAUGAUACCUGGAAUGGUUUAAACCUUUACAAACUUCUAGAGCAUUUAUCACUACUCACCAAGAAGGCAAGAACAAGUGAUAACACAACAGUAUCAUCUGCUAAUUCCAUGCAAUUUAAUAAACAUGUGGAAUUAAUCAUCA